AAGCAUUUUGAUAUUGCCUUAAAUCUCCCCAUACGGUAUCAAUGCGGUUAGUCUUCACCUGUAAUUCCGCACUACUUUUAGUUGCGUCAUUGCAUCAGAUUACGAAUUCUGUCCAUCUGAUAAUUGAAGCCCUGGGGUUCGGCGUCGCGCAUGUGGAGGGUGCAAUAUUCAUCCCACAGACACCCACUGCAACCUCCGUACGCACGUCCCAACCACGACACGUAAUCAGAUGUACACGACGACAUUUGAACAGCUGCACAUAGCAGAAUAAAUGUCAGCCACCUCUAUCCUCCUCACCGGAGCUCCCACAUGGGCGGACUUGGACUGGGAUGAAGCGGGUCUGCUGAAGGAUUCCGACCUAAAGGCGCAACUCUCGGCGAUUAGAUCUCCCAGUCCGGCAAGACCGAGAUGGCGGACCCUGGGACUUGCAGAUCUGGAUAUCACGACGACGCGGCCGGUUAGGUCGGGAUUAUCCGAUGCAGCGACGCGACGAAAUAGGCAUGUUUCUUCGAAUGAAUCAGUGGGGGAGGAUGAAGAGCUGGGAGACGAUGCGGAGCGGACGUUUUUGGAUGACUCGUUCGCGAUACACGAGGAAUUCGACGACCAGUCCAAUAGCUCGAUUUUAGCGACAGAAGAGUCCUCGUUUCGGGCUACGGGCGACUCUUCCACCAGCGCACCAUACGUCCUCCAAUCCUCCCCCAUAACCGCCGCCCAUCUUUCCUCCCUCCCUCGCAUCCUCGACCUCUCCGCGCUUCCCACCGCCACCCACGUCUUCCGAUCCCGCCACGGCCCGUGUCUCUCAGUGAUCAAAGCCCACCUCCUCGUCGCCGUCGUCGCGAUGUGCCCGCCGAAAGCGGUAACGGUGCGCAGUCCGCAGCAGCGCGGUCAGCGGAUGGAGAUCGUGGAGCUGGAAGUGGCGGACGAGACGGCGGGGCGGUUUCGGAUCUCGUUCUGGUUUGAGCCGUCGGAGCGCGGGGCGCGACGGGAGGCGGGGGAGGCAGAUAUGAGGGUGCAGCUGCGGCGUCAGGUCGAGACGCUGGAGAUGGGCGAUAUGGUCUUGUUGACGGACAUUGCGCUCAACGUGUUCAAUGGGAGGGUGUGCGGACAGAGUGUUCGGGGUUGGGGGAAUCGGGCAGGCACGAAGCUGUACCACCUGAGCGGUGUAGACGUGGUGCCAGGAGCGAGCCCUAUCACGGAAAAGCUACAGAGAGUGAAUAGGUGGCAAUUGGAAAUGCUUGACCCGAGGAAAAGGAAUCCCAAGCGACGUUGGCACGAGAGCCUUCCUCCAGAUACACAGUAGAUGAAUGCACAAUACAAUAUUGGCGCAAGACGUCGUUCAAGGUAGCAACUGCUGCUUGGAUGAUAUUCUCUAAUGUGAUGUAGCCGUCCACCAUUGCUCCGCAUCCCGUUAACCCUCCUAUAAUCGUCAAGUCAUUCCCAUACGUUCAUCAUCUUACAGCACCGUCCCAAACCCAAACGUCAUCUUUAUACUCCGCACGUAAUACUCCCCCCAAUUCCGC